AUGGAUGAGGAGACUGUUGAGAUCCAGGGAAGGAUCUUCUACCAAAUGGUGGCCAUCAAAGACUGUAUAUUGGUGCAAAAUUUGGAAGUACACCAGGUGGCCGAGCGGGUGGAAGCUCUGGGGCAGUUUGUCAUGAAGACCAGGAGGACCCUCAAAGGCCAUGGGAACAAGGUUCUCUGCAUGGACUGGUGCAAAGAUAAGAGAAGGAUCGUGAGCUCAUCCCAGGACGGGAAGGUGAUCGUGUGGGAUUCCUUCACUACUAACAAGGAGCAUGCAGUCACCAUGCCCUGCACGUGGGUGAUGGCCUGUGCGUAUGCCCCGUCGGGAUGUGCCAUUGCAUGUGGUGGUUUGGAUAAUAAGUGUUCUGUGUAUCCACUGACGUUUGACAAAAAUGAAAACAUGGCUGCCAAAAAGAAGUCUGUCGCUAUGCACACCAACUACCUGUCGGCCUGCAGCUUCACCAACUCAGACAUGCAGAUCCUGACAGCGAGCGGUGACGGGACGUGUGCCCUGUGGGACGUGGAGAGUGGGCAGCUGCUACAGAGCUUCCACGGCCAUGGGGCUGACGUGCUCUGCCUGGACCUGGCCCCCUCGGAGACGGGCAACACCUUCGUGUCUGGGGGAUGUGACAAGAAAGCCAUGGUGUGGGACAUGCGCUCCGGCCAGUGUGUGCAGGCCUUUGAAACACACGAAUCUGACAUCAACAGUGUCCGGUACUACCCGAGUGGAGAUGCCUUUGCUUCAGGAUCAGAUGAUGCUACGUGUCGCCUCUACGACCUCCGGGCAGACAGGGAGGUCUCCAUCUAUUCCAAAGAGAGUAUCAUAUUUGGAGCAUCCAGUGUGGACUUCUCCCUCAGUGGGCGCCUGCUCUUUGCUGGAUACAAUGAUUAUACCAUCAACGUCUGGGAUGUUCUGAAGGGGUCCCGAGUCUCCAUCCUGUUUGGACAUGAAAACCGCGUUAGUACUCUCCGAGUUUCCCCUGAUGGAACUGCUUUUUGCUCAGGAUCAUGGGAUCAUACCCUAAGAGUCUGGGCUUAAUCAUCUCCUCACGAUGCACACAUGGGCACCUGAGGGUAGAAUUUGAAACCGUCGUAUGUAAAUAGAUCUUUCGUCUAGAGGAUCUGAGGGUUAUUGCAACGUAGCUUAAAGGAGUGACUCCGCGGCUGCAAGUUCACUCAGCAUCCCCGAUAUUACUAUUAAAAUGACCACCCCUGGAAAGACCCCAGUGUGGGCCUUCAGCACUAGAACACCUUCAAGUACAGUGUUUUGCAUUUUGAAUACUUUUUAAAAAUGUAUCCAUUUUUAAGAUUAUUCUAAUUAUACCGUCUCCACACAUUCUAUUACCUGUAGGACUCAGCAUUUAAUAAAUCCCCUAGUACUUCCUUGAAUCAAAUUUGUUUUCAGAGCACUUUAACGUCUGAUUCUUCUCAGUGUGCUGUGUCUUUUGGAACUUUCCUCUAGAAGUGCUGACUUUAACAGCGGGCUGCACGAGGCCGGCCAUGUUGACUGGUCUGUGAUAGAAGAAAAGUCUAAUUCCAAACGUAAUUGGACAAAAUCCCUUUUUAAAAAAAUGUUUUUAUUGUAAAAGUUUCUUUUUCAGGCUCGCAUUGUCUUUUUUCAGAUCAAACAUUUCCCUCUGUGUGAACUGUCAUAAAUGGAAGAAAGAUGUGCAUAAAGUGGACAGAAUGUUUGAUUUAUGAAUUCUGUGAUGAUGUGAUGGAUCCCUUGGACAGGAUAUUUCCUGUCAUUGGAGGGAAAAGCUGAAUGCUCUUUGUGACACAAAGGCUUCUCAAAGCAACCAAAACCUUUCUGUGUGGGAACACAAGAUAGUAAACUUACUUAAAAACCUGCUAGUAGUAUUAGAUGUAUUAGAAUUAGUAGUAUCCACUCAGGAUACUAAAAGUAUCAUAGUAGAUCAUAUCUAUAUGAAGUAUAUUCAUAUUUAUUGCAUUGAAAAUAUAAUUACAUACACAAAUUAGUUGAUAGGUCCCAAGUGAUAACGUCUUUGCCUCUCUGAUAUUGAGAAAAAAAUAACUCACAAAAUACUUGUCUUUGAAAUUCAGCAUUUCCUUCUGGAAGACACCAAGUGUUUUUGUUGUAAGAUCUCCUCCUUGUUUUUAAGGUGUUGAGGCUUAUUCUUUGUUUUAGAAAAUUCCUUGUUCAUUAAGAUGGCAUGCAUUACUUAGAGAAAUAGAAGGUCACCUCACACACCAAAAGUCAUUCCCGGUUGAGGCCUGCCCUGUGAGUGGUCUCGGGUCCCAUGGUGCCUGAGUGCCUUGGAUUGUCCCGUCUCCUCUCUGGGCCCUGCUCCAGCCUGACCCCUCUCCUAGUCGUGGUUCUGGCCCCAUGGGCCCAGCCCCAGGCCCUGCUGCUCAGAGAGGCCCUCCAGAGCUGCAGCAGGGCACAGCCAACAGACAGGUCUGGACGUGGCUGGCCUCUUGCAAACAUCAGGACAUGUGCCAGGCCCACCCUCAGAAUGAUUUGUAUCCUAAUGGGCCAGUCAAUCCAAAACCAGCCAAGCUAGCUUUUCCAUCAAUUCUUUUAAAGUAAAUAUGGUGGUUAGAUUCAGUCAUUUGCCAAGCAAACAUUUUACUGAGGGUUUUACUACACAGCACGCCUUGGGGUAGAGAGAGAAAUGGAAAAGGCCCCUGCUGGACUCCAAAGAGCCCAGUGGAUUCCAGGCUGGCAGGGGCUCGGGGAAAUGGGCACAGCUGCUGAAGGAGUCAGGCCCCUGAGUGCGUCUCACGGGAUUCCCCAGCUCCACGCCCAGCACGUCCCAGAGUUGCUCCUGGUCUCCUCCUUAUGGUAUCCCCUUGUCUCUCUCCUACAGACCCUUUAGUGUCUCUGCCCUCUGACCUGGACCUCCCAGAAGUGAAGGAAGACAGGACAAAGGAAAAGCCACCUAGACUGAAGGGAAGCAAAUUCAAGGUUAGAUCUCUGGAGAGGCAGAGAGCACCUUCAGUGUAUGUGCAAAAACGGUCCACAACUUUCCAAUCAAAAAAAAAACCCGGGAAGUAUUCCCUAGAACACUCACUUAUCCCCGUUGGCAGAAAGCCACCCCCCCGGAAGUAUUUGAUUUCAUAGUGGGUGUUGUGUAGUAUUUAUCGUUGAAACACUUGGUUUGGAAUAUGCUACCCAUGUCGGGACUCCAAGGGUACCUCCAGGUAAUAAAUUGUAUUUUGCAUAUUGAAAAUAA